UUGUACAUCAUUCAAUUGAGAUCAUCAUAUGUAGAGGUAAAUUAUCCGCCAUAAAUCUGUCGGUCGCUUCGUGUGCGAUAAUAACGACCCAUUAAUUUUUAUUAUCUUUCUUAUCGCGACGUUACGUCCAGCCAAUAAGCGAGCGUUUCGUCGUUCAUUGGUCAAGUUGAUAGACACACGGCAAACGGCAAGACUUGACAAGAGACACUAGCCAACACUAGCCUCCGUCCGUACUCCGUCACUCCGUGUAGUUGCGUGUAGUCCGUGUGGCCCUUACCGUCUGAGCUGUCACAAGUGUCAUGUAGAAGAACGCUCCGAUUUUCGUUCGAUUCCAAUUGUCAAGCGCGGCACCGCGAAUGCGAUCGCGCGAGGAAUGAUACGCCUGUGCAUUGCUGUGCAUUAUGUGAUAACAGUGUACGAACUCACGCACGCGUUACGCUGGCGGUUUUGCGCGAGCGACUCUACGCUCCACGCUUGUAAACAUUAACGUAUAUAACCCACCGUUGCGUAUGUGCCAUACAGCGGGUCUUCCGUUAUGAAUGCUUAUAACAGAGGUGCAUCAGGCAUAUCAGGGAAUACCUUUGAUUGCUGGGUACAAAAGUCUAUGCAUGAUGAUUCUGCCAUUAUAAAGAUGCAAUACCAAUUCUGGGUGAGAAAGCAGGCCUUGUCUCAGAAAUUAGGGAAGAAGGAGGAUGAGUGUAUAGUUGCGUCGGAUGCAGAGCUGGACGCAAAGCUAGAAUUGUUCCGCAGUAUCCAAGAUUCCUGUUCCUACUUACAAAGGGUUAUCGAUAAAUACCAAGAAAGAUUAUGCAAUUUAGCUCAGGAGGAAAAUGGAAUGGGACGUUUUUUGAAAGAUGCUGGGAAGCAAGACAAAACUCGCGCCGGCAAAAUGAUGACAGCAGUUGGCAAAUCCCUGUCUUAUUCUGGUCAGCAAAGGCUUGCACUGAGAGCGCCCCUAGGCCGAUUGUACCAAGAGGUGGAAACAUUUAGGCAAAGAGCUAUCGAAGAUACGUUGCAAAAUGUGCAAGCGAUGGAAAAGGCUCGUACAGAGUACCGAGCCGCUUUGUCAUGGAUGAAAAAUAUUUCUCAAGAUUUAGAUCCAGAUACGUCCAAGCAACUGGAAAAAUAUAAAAAAGUUCAAGCACGGGUCAAGCAAGGCAAAAUAGUUUUUGACAAUCUGGCCCUUGAUUGUCUUCAAAAGGUUGAUUUGUUAGCGGCGGCAAGAUGUAACAUGUUCAGUCACGCCUUAGUUUUAUACCAAACUACACUCCUGAAUUUUGCAAAGAAAUCUGCACAAGCGUAUUCCACAAUAGCGAACAGCUUCAAAGGCUAUCAACGUUAUGACUUCACAGUUGUGCGAGAAUUGGCUGAAACCUCUAGUAAAUUGGCACAGGAGACUGGAGGUGACGACGAUUUGGAAGAUAAGGAUAGAUUACAAUUUUUUGAUCUGGACUAUCACGAUGACAUUGAAGAAGCUCAAGAGGCUACCACAAAUUCAAAGAGCACAUCGGAAAAAGACAAGAAAGAUGAGAAGCUCUUAGACAUAGAUAAUGAGCCAAAGGACACAUUAAUACAACUGAAUACGAGCACAAAUUCUUCGGAAAACGGAAUCAUGCAUAGUACCGAUGCAGAAAAUGAUAAAAGUCUCGAGGAGUUUUUUGGAAAUCUUAUCUUGGAAAAAGAUGCAUCCAAUAGUACUCAACAACCAGUUAUUAAAACAGAAAAAAUCAGUCAUACUGUAUUGGAUAAGACCUCUGAAGAGCAGAAAUCAGUAAUGGAUAUAUUUGAAGAGUGCAACACCGAUUUUAAUUUGGCCGAUCUAGCUUCCCUGUCGACGGAGAGUCAACAACAGCAAUCGCUAAAUUUACUGGUCUCUGAGAGCGCGGCGCUUUUUGACGAGAUUCUGAACGAUAAGCAACAAGGCGCGAACAAUGACUGGGAAGGCAUAUCACACGAUACUUUUUUACCACCGAAUAUUUUGAAACAGAGUUUAGGAGACGCGGCGCUAGGUAUGGGACAGAAGAGUAUCGCUAGUAAUGUGGACGACAAAAAAAAAAAUAAGACUGGAAAGCAGAAAGGUAACUCGUGGUUGGACUUAUUCGCAGAAUUGGAUCCAUUGGCUAACAAUCCAAUGGAGAAUCUUUCUGGUGACAGUAAUGCUUCUGCUUAAUUCAUAAUGCAUUUUAUCGCCCAUGAUUCAUUUGGUAUUUGUAACAAUAAGGAAAACUGAUCAAGCUAUGUUAUCAACGAGUGAUGUGGUGAGCGUAUAAUCCACAGCAUCUUCACCUCAUACAUUUGAUUAUCGGUUUAUAAACUUUUAAAUUUAACAUUCCAGAUUUAUUUUUAAUGGAAUCUUCAUAAGAAUCAAAACUCUUUGAACUACAUAAUUUUUCAUACAAGCUAAAAACAGAUACCAAAGAUAUAAAAUGUAAUGUUUAACAUUAUGCACUAGUUAUAUUUUCUUUCAAAUAUAAAUAUAUAUAUAUAUACAUAUUACAAGAUCUUUAAGAUAAAUUAUAGAUAUUAAAUUUAUUAUGGAAUUCUUUGUAUUUUUGAAGGAUAUAUCUAAAGGUAUGGAAGUAUACCGCACAAGUA